AUGGAUUUCCUCAAAGCACCGGAGCCGCUCCUUACAACAGGCGACCUGCGCAAGAACUGGCAGCUCUUGAAACAAAGGUUUGAAAUUUUCCUCACGGCGCCAGAGGGCGCAGAAAAGCCUCGGACUGAGUCCAAGAAGACAGCGUUGCUUUUGAGCGUCGCGGGCGCAGAGGCCAUUGAAGUCUUUAACACCUUCACGUUUGCAGCAGGCGAGAAGAACGACGACUAUGCCACAGUGGUGAAAAAAUUUGAUGAGUAUUGCAUUGCACAGACCAAUGAGGUUCACGAGCGGUAUAUGUUCAGGAGAAGAAUCCAAGCUGCUGGCGAACCAGUGGAGCAUUUCUUACGAGACCUGAAGAAUCAAGCACGUGCUUGCAACUUUGGAGCUUUGGCGGAAUCGAUGGUCAGGGACCAAAUUGUGUUCGGGAUAAAUGACGACACGGUACGUGAAAAGCUCCUCAGGGACAACAACUUGACCCUGCAGAAGGCAGAACAAGCCUGUAAAGCAGCUGAAGCAUCAGCAACUCACAAGGAAAUGUGGAACCAGGAACACCAAGUGCAUCCUAUCAGCAGGACUAGCACGAGCCGCGAAAACCGAGAACAGACACGUUAUGACUGCCGAAACUGCGGCGGAAAACACUCCCCAAGAAGGUGCCCUGCUUUUGGAAAAACGUGCCGGAGGUGUCAGCGGAAAAACCACUUUGCCAGAUGUUGUAAAGCGACGGCAGUUGUUGGCGAGUUGCAAAGCGGCCAAGACGAUUUCGAGAUUCUCGACGUAUCCGCAAAGAAUGUGUCCAGCAAGCAUGACUGGACGGUGGAAGUCCAAAUCAAGAACGUGGCAGUUCAGUUAAAGGUUGACACGGGAUCGCAGGCAAAUUUGUUGCCUUAUGGAUUAUACGCCAAAAUGAACCCACAGCCGCCCCUGUACCCCAGCAGCGCGAUUUUACGCUCCUACGGCGGAGAUGUAAUCAAACACAUUGGCGUCAUGCGGGCCGAAGUCUCUUUAAAUGGUUGCAUUGCCAUGCUGAGCUUUUUCGUGGCACGAAAGGGGCGCCAAGCAAUCCUAGGACUUGAGGCGAGUGAACGCCUGGGACUGAUUUCACGCGUGAACAGCGUGUCGCAAAACAGCUCUGAAGAAGUGGUUGCCAGCUUUCGUCACCUUUUCACUGGCACCGGCUGCGUCAAACGAGUAUACCACAUGGUGCUUCGCAAGGACGCCACGCCAGUGGUUCAGAGACCUCGUCGAGUGCCACUGGCUUUAGAGGAGCCACUUCGGGAGGAGUUGUCACGUAUGGAACAAGCCGGAAUAAUUGCAAAAGUCACUGAGCCAACAGACUGGGUGAGUCCCCUUGUUAUCGUACGAAAGAAAGACGGGAAGCUGCGAGUCUGCAUGGACCCCAGGAAAAUAAAUGAGUGCCUCAAGCGCGAGCACUACGCGAUGCCGAGGCGGGAAGACAUAGAGGCCGAGCUGGCCGGCGCAAGAGUCAACUCCACUGGAAUGCGGCUGGUCACCAGCCGAAAUAUUACAGGGACGCUCGCUGCGAACAACUCUACCAACCGUUCAGGUCGGACAAAGCCGGCGGGUUGA